UUACGAAGUUAACGGGGUUUCUCGAAAGUGUAGAAAUUUAGUAUUUCAGUUAUUUAAUGGUAUAGGCGUGCGAUGUGGAACGACGUGGAGCUGCUCGCGAACGACGACACCAGCACCGUUCGGGUGAGCUUCGAUCUGCGGCGGGAGUGCGGCAGCGCGCUGUACCAAGUGGACAAUCUGGUCAAGCUCUCCUGCUCCGAGAAGGUGCUGCACAACCCAGAUCUGUAUGCUUCCUAUGCUUCAAACUACAUCGUUGUGGUUGCUGAUAGAACUGUAGUCCUCUUUGACUACAACUUCCAGUCAGUUCUGCUGCACCUCAACUUCGGCAGUGAUGUGGACACUGUGGCUGUGUGCCAUAGAGGACAGUUUCUGCUGGUCGGUGAAAGAAAUGGGAACCUCCACCUCGUCUAUGUGCCACAGAAGAGCACUGUGUUUACUAAAGCAAUCUUGCAGAAAUCUCUCUCAGAAAAAGAGAAGACUUACAGAAGCCUGGUCAUUGAGGAAGACAGGGUUACUUCAGGGUCUUAUCACUUAUUCCUGCUUGUGGCUGAUGGGUUCUUUCAUAUCUCAAACCUUGAGCUGGAAAACAUUGAAAGAGCAAUUGUCAAAAUGGACAUAGGAGAAUUGAAAAAGCUGCAGUCAGUAAUAAAGACAGAGGUUUGUUCUACAAAGGACAUAUACAGUAAAGGAUGUAAUGUGGCUGUGACAACAGACCUUGCUGGUGAAAUCUGCCUCAUCACUGGGGGCAGUGGAGAAAAUGUGUUAUCUCAGUGGAGAAUGCAUCCAGCUAAGAACACAAUGUCCAUCAGCCACCUCCUGGACUCAAGUUUAAUGCUAGGUGUAAAGAAGAUACAAGUUCUGGAUAAUCUGAUGUACACUCUUGAUGAAGAGAAUGUUCUGAGUGUUUGGGAAGUGAACAUGCUGGUGAUGGUGUGGUGUUGGCCAGAACUGGCCUUUCAUGACUUCCUCAUCACCACUGAGGGGAGGUCAUCCUCAGUAUCCAUGCAGGAAGGCAGCAGUAUGAAACUUGUAGCCUUGACCGUGCCAAACAGUAGUCAGAUGAGGAGUCUGGUGGUGUACUCUCUGCCAUCCAUGACAGCCCUCUACUCCUUGGAAGUGUCCUCUACUUCAGCCCUUGUGAAGAUGGGUGUCAACAUGGACACAGUUUAUUUGUUGGAAGGAAUUUCCAAAAGUUUGAAAAGUCCAGAGGACCCAGUGUCUUCUGUUGUGGUGAGGUGCUUCACAGAGGCCUUGCCAGAGAACAGGCUAAGUCGUCUUCUUCACAAACACAAAUUUGAAGAAGCAGAAACAUUUGCCAUACAGUUCGGCCUUGAUGUUGAGCUGGUAUAUAAAGUGAAGCUGGACUUUGUGCUGGAGAAGUUGGCUUCUUCACCUUCUGGGGGCUAUGGACAGGAGGUGUUCUCUGAACUGGUGGAGGAGGCCAAGACCAACCUGGCAAAGAUCAAUGAUGAGCACUUUGUGGUGCAGUACAGCGUGAAGGCACCCUGGCCCACUUUUAGCACAGCGCAGGAGAUGCUGAAUCAUGCCAACUCACGCUACCCCUGCUCCCAGAUCCAGGAGGCCCUGUCCAAGCUUGCCACCUUCUGCGGCCUCAACGGGCCAGAAAAGUUCAAUGGCAUCUCAUGGAUUGAAUUCCUGCAAAGUUCAGACUACAUCAUAGACAUCCUGUGGCACCUGAGGGAUGGGGACCUUAGGGGGGCCCAGUACCUGUGGCUCCGGAAUGAGCCAGAGUUUGCUGAACAGUUUGAUGAGAAAACCCUGGAUGCCCUGCUCAGUUCGAUCCCCAAGGACGUCCCUUCAAAGGACCUCUGUCCCUGGUUCAGAACCAUUGUCAUUCCAUUUAUCAGAAAGACUUUUCCGAAAGGACAGAAAAAGCUAUCAAGAUGGCUGGAGCAGCGGGCAAGAAACUUGGAGCUGACUGAAAAGGCUGACUGGCCGCAGAACGGCCUUGAGAUGGCCCAACUCGGCCUGCCUUCCUUCUGGCUAUGGCUGCCACUGGAGGAUGAUUGUGGUCUGGAGGAGGUGGAGCAACUCCGUUCCCUGGUGCAGAGUCUUCGCCAGCUACUGGACCUCUUCAACAAGUACCACUGCAAGCUGUCCCUGUCAGACUUUGAGAAGAGGAACACCAGGAGCAUAGUUUUCCUCAUGCUGGACAAGGUGCUGGCUCCAGAGCUCAUCCCCUCUGUCAUCGAAAGCAGUGUCAGACCCUAUACCCAGGAGCAUAGGCUCCACUUGGAUGAGCUGCUGCUGCACUACAUACGGGACAUGCUGGAGCGUUGCAGCUCCCAAACCACUUCCCUGUUCACAGAGUGGGAGGCCAAGGCCAUGGCUGUGCUGGACUGCAUGACUGACUCUGACCUGGUGGAAGAUGCUGUUCUAGAGAUAAUGUACAAGGCAGUGGUGCCCUGGAGCAGUGUGGUGGAGCAGUUGGUCCAGAAACACCUGGAAAUGGAUCAUCCCAGACAGGAGCUUUUGAAGGAAAGUUACCAGCUGAUGGAGAUCAAGAAGCUUCUGAGGGUCUAUGGCAUCCGCAACUUCAACCCAUCCAGCGACAACCUAGCCAUGGUCUUGGUCCGACGUAUCCUGAAACAAGAUCUGCCGUCCUCUCUUGAGGAUGCCCUGAAGGUUGCGCAAGUGUACAAGUUAGACACCUCCCAGAUCUACUUCCUUUAUAUCAUUCAACUGAUAUCCCAGGCCAAGCGGGAGCUUUGCGUGACAGUCCUAAAGGAGCUGCCCCCCGCCGAGGCAGAGUGUGUGACCGAGAGACUUGCCACAUGGGCACGACUGGAGCUGCAGAACAAGCACUUAAUCUCAGAGGAGCACAAGAAACACCAUAUUGAUGUGGCGCAGGUCAUGGUGGAGUCACUGAAAUUCUUACAGAGAAUUCAGCAAGACAAUGCAUUCAAGAGGAUAGAGUGCGUAAACAACCUGAAGAUGUUUGAAGCGAUUGCUAACCUACAGGAGGACUUUGACAUCUUCCUGUCACCAGAGGAAUAUGCAGACAGGGCUCUGCGGGCGCAGUUCCAGGAACAGCAUAUCACAGCCUAUGAGAACACAAAAGCUCGUGGCCGUCUACAGGACACCAGGCCCAUUGUUGCUAAUGAUCCAGACGGCAAAACCAAGACCAUCUCCACAGAGGCGGGGCUGUACCGCCUCGCCCGUCAGCUGCAACGUUCAGAGCAGGAGCUGUGGGCUGACCUGGCACUGCGCGCCCUACUGGUGGGCAAAGUUGACAAGGCGUUAAAGAUCUGCAGCGAACUAUACCAGCACCACUACGAUGCUUGCACAGGCCGGGUGCUCUUUCAUGCUGCCAAGAUGUUGUGCCAAAUGCUUGAGGACAACGUGCCCAUGAUCAUCCCUGAUGGCAUCAACCUGCCUGCCAUCAUCCACAACCUAGCCUGCCAAGCCAUCACUGUCUGCCACCCAGAUCUGCUGCUGGACUGUGUGGAGCUGUGUAAGAGCACACGUGCAGCUAUGGAUGUGUACCAGCAAUGCCAGAUUGACGAUGAUGGCUUCACCGCCAAGGAGUCUUCUUCAGUGAUGGAUUGUGGCCCAUACACUGAGUGGAGCUUUCAGAACAUCUUUAAUGAAGAUGGCAUUGUUCUUGACCCAGUGUCAGUUUUGCCGUUCCAGUACAAGAUCACAAACUGCCUUCUGCCCUCCUUUUCAGAUUCAAAACGAUAUCCCCUGGAUUGCUCUUGCCUGUCCAACUGUUCAUAUAAAGACGAACUGGACUUCCUUCAGCCCUUGCUGAGCCCCGUGACUGUGAUGCUGCAGAAUUUGCAGGAAUGCAGCCAGUUGGAGUUGGCGCUCCGCCUUCUGGUCAACACCUUUGGCAGCAGUCUCCAGCACAUAGCUUCUAACAACAUAGACCUGACUCUCAGUUCCCAGCUGCACAAUUCCCAGCGCCUGCUGAGAGACAGGAAGUGCCUGAGUGACUUUGGGAAUUUCACUCUGAAUUCCAUCAAGACAGUUGCCAUGGCACUUCUGCACAAGGUGCUCAACUGGAGGGUGGUGGACUGCAGUUUGGCUAUCGGAUACUGCACUUUACUUCCACAGAGUGACAUGCUAGAGAUUCUCUGGAAAGUCAUCAACAAUACAUGGCAAAACUAUCACAAGAUACUGGCUGUUGCCAUGGUUGGAGCACAGUUGUGCAGCUUGUACAAGGAGGAGACGCAACGUGAGAAGUUCCUAUCACUUGUAACAGAUGCAGAGUGGGGCAUAAAGCUGGCCAAAUUAGGGAUCUCCAUCCAGCCUGUUUUUAGGCAGUGCCCUGAGAUGAAGAAUAAUUUGAUCCCCACGCUGGUGAAGAAUAGGAACAUGACAGCUGAGCUUAUCCUUGAGUACUGCAGCACAUUUGACCUUGACUGCAACUUAGCUCUCAGCAUGUACAUCACCACACUGUUGUUGGAGGGGGAAGGGGAGAGCCAGGACCUGGUGGGAGACAAGGGGGAGGCCCAGACUUCAAAGCUGAGCAAAGUGGAUGCUGUGGAGCAGGCCCUGCAGAUCAUCCCUCUUUUGCAAAGCACCAGUGAACUGGCGGUCAGCCUUAAUGCUGCCAUCCUUAAGCUCAGCCCAUACAAUUAUGAACGAAUCGAAGGUCUUCUCAGGAUCAUAGAAAAUGCAGGGGAAACAAUACCAAGCUUUCCACUUGAUCAGGCUAUAAGGCUGCUGCAGUACCUGAAGUCCUACAAGCGCAUCUCAGCCCCUGGAGAAUUGGAGAACAGCUACCUGCUGGAGCAGGCCCUGGAGCCCACCCAGUUGGCCCAGACCAGACUGCCCUUCCACCUGCUUUUCAAGACUGGCCGCUGUUUCUGGAAGAUCAUUACUCCUGAACUUAGUGAGCAAACAUUCCCCACACUACUGCUGAUCAGCAAACUGAUGAAGGUGAGCCUGGACAAGCUCUACAUGUCUGCUGUGAACCACAUGUUUGAGAGAAGCCUAAAGCCUCUUCUCUUGGAGCAGAUGAGGCAGGGGUCCUGUUCCACCACCAGCAAGAAAACAGCCCGGAUCGCCCACACUAUCAUGGACUAUGUCCUAUGUAUCAAAAACCCCGAGUGGGCUGCUGCCACUGCGCAUAGGAUUGCCCAGGAGUUACCCCCAGGCAUUGAGAAGACCAAGUCACUCAAGUUCUGUCUGGCUCUAGGUGAGAAGUGGCUGAAGGUCCCAGACCUAGAGGAGGAGACCAGAUCCAAAGGGGAGAUCUUCAUGGAGAAGCUGAAAGUGCAGUAUCAGUGCUCAGCCACAGAGAACAUCCUUGCCUCUAGAAAUCUCCUGUCCCCUGAGCUGUUGAAGCUUACAGGUUUGCCUGUACGGUUGCUGGCAGCAUUGUGGGAGCAUAGCAGCGUGGAGCAGCGAAUGGGGAAUCCUGCCGGCUAUGCCUAUCCCGACAUCCAUGCUGUUGCUAAGGAGAUAGCAGCAAUAAACAACGUGGACUUGUCAAAGGUUCGUGACAUGAUGCUGGAGAAGUGGCUGUGUAAAACUGGACCAUCAGUCAAAGAAAUUAACUCCCAGGACUAUGUCACCGACAUCCAUGAUGACCCAGAUCUUAUGAGGGUGGUAUACUUGCUGCAGAUGUACCCUAUGGACUUCAGCUCCCGCCUGCUGAGCAGCAUCCUCACUGCAGAGACUUGGCCUCUGAGCAAUUCACGCUUUCGUCUGACCUUCUGCCAUCGGGCUCGAGCUCUGUUGUGUGUGGUCCACAUCGCGGACCCUUCCACACUGGAGACCCUCCUCCAUAUCCCCAGGGACAAAGUCCAAUACUACCUGAAGUGCUACAUUCAUCUGGCGCAACUAGAGGGGCUGAACAUCCCAUACACUGUUGACUCCUUCCUCAACAGUCCCAAAGAAGGUCUGAUCAAGGGCCUGUGGAAAAACCACAGCCAUGAGCCAGAGGCUGUGCGUCUGGUGUCAGAUCUCUGUUUGGAAUACCAGGUGUUUGACCCUCAGCUGUGGAAUGGAGUGCUGCAGAAAUUGCUUACUUUCAACAUGAUCAGCUACUUGCAGAAGGUACUAGAGGCUUUGGGAGCUGUGCCUUCCCUUUUACAGCUAUCGAAUUUCUCCAGGACCUGGAGGAGUGUAAUUAUGGCCCCAUUCAUGACAGCAUCUCUCCCUCUAAGUCCAGAACAAAUUCCAACUUUCUACAAGACAUUUGUUCUCCUGCUGAAAUGCCCCUUCCUGUUGAAUAUGGACUUGAUUGGCAUUGCAAAAUGCUUUACUCAGGUCAAUCUACCCUGCUUCUCUUUGGGCUCCCUUUUGCUGAUUUCCUGUACCUCCAAGAAAGAGCGGAACAUUCAGUGUUUCCUGUCUACCUGUGAUCUGGUGACUGUUCUGGAACAAGUGGAGGACCACAUGAACACCGGGGAGUUGGCAGGGAUUCCAUCAGAGAUCAAGGAGACGGUGCUAACUUUUGUUUACCAAAAUGGACACCAUGAGAAGCUACUGAAAACCAAGCUGUUUCCCCACUUUUGCCUGUACAUGGCAUCAAAAGGCCAUUACAAUCAAGUAAAGGACAUGGUGGAAUAUCUGAUCAGCAGAAAAUGUGAAGAGGAUGCAGCCUCCCUGGCUAGGGAGUACCUGAGGUGUCAGGAGAGAGAGGGAGGCAAGCAUGUACCUGCCAGUUGGACUGCAUCUGAUAUCCUGAAGGUACCUGCAAAAUACUGAGUUCUAAUGGGUACAACAUGUGAACCUUGGUUGUCCCUUGACAAGCCAGCUACACAGUGCUGUUACAUAUGAAAACUGUGGGAAAAUUAAAUGCAUUUUUACAGGUCUCUCAUUUCUUUCUAGUUAUAGACUCCUUCAAUCUGUAACUAGUGGUCUAAUCCCUAACUAAUCUGAAAGCUAAAGAGUAUCCCACAUUAGUUUAAAAGAAAAAAAUUACUAAUUUU